AUGGCUCCGGCAGCAGUUGGUGACGAUGAGAUAUUGAAGGACGAGAAGAAUCCUCCUCCUCUCGACGAAGACGACAUUGCUCUCCUCAAAACUUAUGGUUUGGGUCCAUACUCGAACAGUAUUAAGAAAGAAGAGAAGGAAAUCAAGGAAUUAGCUAAGAGGAUUAAUGAUCUUCGAGGCAUUAAAGAAUCUGACACCGGUUUGGCUGCACCAAGCCAGUGGGACCUUGUGUCUGAUAAGCAGAUGAUGCAAGAAGAACAACCACUACAGGUUGCAAGGUGCACAAAGAUUAUUAAUCCGAAUACUGAGGACGCUAAGUAUGUCAUAAAUGUCAAGCAAAUUGCAAAGUUUGUGGUUGGGCUUGGCGACAAAGUCUCCCCUACAGAUAUAGAAGAAGGCAUGCGAGUUGGUGUUGAUCGCAACAAGUAUCAGAUUCAGAUUCCAUUGCCUCCAAAGAUUGAUCCAAGUGUUACAAUGAUGACUGUAGAAGAAAAGCCUGAUGUUACAUAUAACGAUGUUGGUGGAUGUAAGGAGCAGAUAGAAAAGAUGCGAGAAGUUGUUGAGCUUCCCAUGCUUCACCCAGAGAAAUUUGUAAAGCUUGGAAUUGAUCCUCCUAAGGGUGUUUUGUGCUAUGGUCCUCCUGGAACAGGCAAAACCCUCUUGGCUAGAGCAGUAGCCAACAGAACUGAUGCAUGUUUCAUUCGUGUUAUUGGGAGUGAACUUGUCCAGAAAUAUGUUGGUGAGGGGGCACGAAUGGUUCGGGAGCUUUUUCAGAUGGCACGGUCAAAAAAAGCUUGCAUUGUCUUUUUUGAUGAAGUUGAUGCAAUAGGUGGUGCACGUUUUGAUGAUGGUGUCGGUGGAGAUAAUGAAGUUCAGCGAACCAUGCUUGAAAUUGUCAAUCAGCUUGAUGGUUUUGAUGCUCGAGGAAACAUCAAAGUCUUGAUGGCAACGAACAGACCUGAUACACUGGACCCAGCUCUGUUACGACCAGGAAGAUUAGAUCGUAAGGUUGAGUUUGGGCUGCCUGAUCUGGAGAGCAGGACUCAGAUUUUCAAGAUCCACACACGAACUAUGAACUGUGAAAGAGAUAUUCGUUUUGAGCUGCUUGCUCGCCUUUGUCCAAAUUCAACUGGAGCUGACAUUAGGAGUGUCUGCACUGAGGCCGGGAUGUAUGCCAUUAGAGCACGCAGGAAGACAGUGACUGAGAAAGACUUCCUUGAUGCAGUAAACAAGGUCAUCAAGGGCUACCAGAAGUUUAGUGCAACGCCGAAGUACAUGGUUUACAACUGA